GCACAGAGGGACGGGAGAGAGUGCUGACACAGUGGCCUUAAAGGGAGACUUUAUGGUUUAAAGAGUAGGAAAAUCACCUUCAGAUGAUGCAUAUUGAAGGCAGGAGAGUGUGUGUGUGUGUUGAGGGUGGGCUGCGGCGUGAGCAGCAAUGGGCGAGAUUGAGGGAACUUACCGGUCGCUGCAGACGCCUGGCACGCGUCUGGGCUCGCAGUUCAAUGCGGGCGUCAGCACCCUGGAGCCUGGGCAGAGCCUCAGCACAGCCAUUGGUGCAGGGGGCAAAGGCCACAACAAGGCCCUGCAGAUCCGUGUCCAAGGCCUGGACGAUGCUCAGGAGUUCUUCGAUCUCGAGUCUAAGGCGGAUGGGCAGACCCUCCUCUCUGAAGUGUUCCGGAGGAUCAACCUCAUCGAGAGCGAUUAUUUUGGUCUGGAGUUUCAGAACCUGCAGUUGAACUGGGUUUGGCUGGAGCCCACCAAACUCAUUGUGAAACAAGUGCGACGGCCAAUGAAUACACUGUUUCGGCUGUCAGUGAAGUUCUUCCCACCUGAUCCAGGUCAGCUUCAGGAGGAAUUCACGAGGUACCUGUUCUCCCUGCAAAUGAAGAGAGAUUUGAUGGAAGGCAUACUGCACUGCACAGAAAACACAGUUGCCCUGCUGGCCUCUCACCUGGUCCAGUCGGAGAUCGGAGACUAUGAUGAUGUCGCAGACAGGGAGUUUCUGAAGCUGAAUAAGCUGUUGCCACAUCAGGAACAUCUGCAGGAGAAGAUUAUGGAACUCCACCGCAGACACCUGGGUCAGACACCAGCAGAGUCUGAUUUCCAGGUUUUGGAGAUUGCUCGUAAGCUGGAGAUGUAUGGAGUGCGCUUCCAUCCAGCCGCAGACCGAGAGGGCACCAAGAUCAACCUGUCAGUCGCUCACAUGGGCGUGCAGGUCUUCCAGGGCAUCACCAAGAUCAACACAUUCAACUGGUCCAAGAUUCGCAAACUGAGCUUUAAAAGGAAGAGAUUUCUAAUUAAGCUUCACCCAGAGGUUCAUGGUCCUCACAGGGACACAUUGGAGUUCAUGAUGGCCAGUCGAGAUCAGUGUAAGAUAUUCUGGAAGAGCUGUGUGGAACACCACUCUUUUUUCCGUCUGCUGGAUCAACCACAACCCAAAUCCAAAGCCAUCCUCUUCACCAGAGGAUCCUCCUUCAGAUACAGUGGGCGGACUCAAAAACAGCUGGUAGACUAUGUGAGGGACAGUGGGAUGAGAAGAACACCCUACCAAAGGAGGAACAGUAAGAUUCGUAUGUCAGCUCGAUCUUUGGCCACUGAUGUGCCUAAGCAGAGUCUGUCCUUCAAUGACAGCCUCAGGACAUCUGCUUCUCCCUCCUCUGCCACCGUGUCUUUCCACUCCCUGCACGCCCCCAGUUCUCCUGUGCGGAUGGAGGCCCCAAGCCAGCCUCAGUUCCAGCAGAGCCAGCAGUCUCAGCAGCCUGCCAGAGCCCCCAGCCCCGUGAAGGAGGAACCUGUCAAGACCAACCCCCCAACUAAUUACAUCUUCCCAGGUCCUGCGAUAGACAGCCCCCAGCUGUCUACCUUUGGCUCCAAGAGUGCCCUGUGUCUCUCACCCUCCUUCCAGAUGUCCACCCUAAGCCUGCCUGGCCAGGCGCCCUCACCCCUGCAGAGCCCCAGCCUGAAUGAGAGGUAUCCCACCGAUAAGGCCUACUUCAUUGCCAAAGAGAUUCUGAUGACUGAGAGAACCUACCUGAAAGACCUGGAGGUCAUAACAGUGUGGUUCCGGAGUGCAGUUAUUAAAGAGAACGCCAUGCCCGAGGGCCUGAUGACCCUGCUCUUCUCCAACAUUGACCCUAUCUAUGAGUUUCACAGAGGCUUCCUCAAAGAGAUUGACCAGAGGCUGGCUUUCUGGGAGGGGCGCUCUAAUGCUCAUGUGAAGGGAGAUUACCAGAGAAUUGGAGACGUUAUGCUAAGGAACAUGUGUGCCCUAAAGGAGUUCACCAGCUACCUGCAGAAGCAUGAUGAGGUGCUGACGGAGCUGGAGAAGGCCACAAAAUGCGUGAAGAAGCUGGAGACGGUGUAUAAGGAGUUUGAGCUGCAGAAGGUUUGCUACCUGCCCCUCAACACUUUCCUGCUCAAACCCAUCCAGAGACUCAUGCACUACAAGCUGAUCCUGGAACGCCUGUGUAAACAUUACGCUCCCGACCACAGAGACCACCAUGACUGCAAAGAGGCUCUGAAGGAGGUUGCGGAGAUAACUGCUCAGCUGCAGAGCAGCCUCAUACGGCUGGAGAACUUCCAGAAGCUGACCGAACUCCAGCGGGAUCUGAUUGGCAUCGAGAACCUCACUGCUCCUGGCAGGGAGUUCAUCAGGGAAGGGUGUCUCUACAAGCUCACCAAGAAAGGCCUGCAGCAGCGGAUGUUCUUCCUGUUUUCAGAUAUGCUCCUGUACACAAGCAAAGGCGUCACGGCCACCAACCAGUUCAAAGUUCAUGGCCAGCUUCCCCUCCAUGGCAUGAUCGUGGAGGAGAGCGAGAAUGAGUGGUCAGUUCCCCACUGUUUCACCAUCUACUCUGCCCAGAGGACCAUUGUGGUGGCUGCCAGCUCUAAGGUGGAGAUGAAUAAGUGGAUCGAGGACCUGAACAUGGCGAUAGACAUGUCGAAGAAGUCUCAGGAGAAGUCAGAUCUAUUUCUGGAUCCCAGCCUGUGUGACCGCUCCAACAGGUCGUCUGAUGAGGUGUCUUUGGAGCAGGAGUCAGAGGAUGAUGUAAACUCGUCCCGUUGCUCUCUGGACAAACAGAGCCACCACCGGGCCAACACCACCAUGCAUGUGUGCUGGCACCGUAACACCAGCGUCUCCAUGUCUGACCACAGCCUAGCAGUGGAGAACCAGCUGUCUGGCUACCUCCUAAGGAAGUUCAAGAACAGCAAUGGCUGGCAGAAGCUGUGGGUGGUCUUCACCAACUUCUGUCUGUUCUUCUAUAAAACACAUCAGGAUGACUUCCCUCUGGCCAGCCUCCCACUGCUGGGUUACACAGUCAGUACUCCUGGGGAAGCAGACAGCAUUCAUAAAGAGUAUGUCUUCAAGCUGCAGUUCAAGUCCCAUGUUUACUUCUUCAGGGCAGAAAGCGAGUAUACCUUCGAAAGAUGGAUGGAAGUGAUAAAAAGUGCAGCCAGUGCUGCAGGGCGGGUCAGUCUACUCAUCCCCAAAGGCCCAGGAGAGAUGAACGGGAACUGAACAAGGAGGAGCUAAGGCUGACUUUCCUCCUGGAGCUGGGGGCUGGGCCCUGCAGACUGCCAGGAUUAUACGGCAUUAUUUUAUUUAAUCUUCUGUUUCACAGCUUCCACUACCAUCAUCUUGGUUCUGUAUUACUGACUCCUGAGAUCUUUGCAUAUCUCUGGAAUAGGAGGUGCCCAUUGUAACAUCUGACCUGAAGAAGACUAUCUAAGAACUCUAAGGAGCCUUCUUUUAUUUUUUCUUUGCCUGAGGCUUUAACUCCUUUUUCAACAUUUAGUUGAAGUUACACCACGUUCUGCGUAGUUUUCUAGAACUGUAAUAAAACCACAUGUGGGUAUUAUUUUUGUAUUUAGGCUUAUGUGCUCCUCCUACCAUUUCUGUGGUCGCAUUUCAGAAAAACUGCCAGACCUUCAUCUCAAAACAUGGAGCUUUCUCCAGCUUCGACACUACCAGACAGUGUUGUCUCACAUUUUCAUUGAAUGAGAGCUCCUUGAAUGGACUGUGUUGUCGAAGCACAUGCUUGUUUUGAAUAAAAUCAAUGUCAAACUGGCUUUUUUUAUUGGGAGAACAGUUACAGGACAUUGCUGGAAAGAAUAACGGACUGGAGAGGGGCUGAAUUAAGUCUUGGAUGGUAGAGUAAGUGGAAAGGCUGAUGCGGGCGCAGCUGCAUGUGCGUGUCUGGAAGAUGCAAAACCGCAGUAAUGUGGGCCAGAGGAUACUUUGGCGGGAGCUCUGGACGUUGGUGCUUGUAAGAUGAAACGACUUGGGAAUAUGCCCAUUACCCUCUUUUUUAACCUUUAAGAAAAUCUAAUGAAGCAUAAGAGUGGUGGUGUCCAUUGAAGGGUGAUAGCAGAGGUGGGUGACAGAAUAACAGGUUUUCAAGUGUUUGUUGUAGCCACAGAAGUGAGUGCUGGAAGAAAGUGCUCUGAAGUCUAUAUAGUGUAUAUGCAGUGGGCUUUGCUUUCUCUAAAGACCACAGUAAGAUGACGUUGGCAAUUCAGUGAAAUUAUCAUGUAACUGUUACUCUCUACAUUUUCAAAAAUACCUACUUGAUUAACAGCUACAUAUUACACUGCUUUGAUUUGUAAAUCUGAAACAUACUGAGAUUUUUUUUAAUUAUCAAAGGCUGACCGGAGAAUAUCUAACAAAAUUGUGUUUGAGGAUUACUGAUAAUGCUUUAAUGCACAACGCUCAUCUCUUAAUAUUUGUCUUACCACAGUUAGAAAGGGAGAAAAGAGAACUUCAUUCAACCACAAGAGGGAGUCUGUUUCUAUGGUACGCACACGGUCUAUUAAUGAAUGCAGGUUCUGCCACUUAUUGCCUUUAGUCAGGAAGAGUAUACUUAACUCUGGAUUCUUACAAAACACAUUUCUAGGUCAGUUGACCACUUUGACUUCUCCUGUACCCUGAUUCUGAAGAUGGGUCAUGUGGGGCUUUUACUUCUCUCAUUUAUGCUAGAAUUACUUCAGUAUUUGUGAGAUAAAACCAAAAAGGUUGUUAUUAUCAGAAAACGUCAACUGGUUCACUUUAUUCCCUUUGAUAGGUCAAAGCAAGAUGUAUAUUUACAGAUUAUGCUACAGCCUGUGUUACUAAAUCAUGUUAUUGCAAGGCCAGUUACUUUAUUUGAAUAUUUGGUGUUUCUCAUACGGUGAAGCAAAAGCUCAGAGCUUUUGAGGUUUUGAUUAUAGCCAUGCUAUGUUUACUUACUAUGGGCUGGGCUGAACUGUAACUUAACUAUAUUAUUUGGGAGAUUUGAUGUAUAACAUUAAAUGGAUCAUAGUCUGUGCUAGGCUGGUUCAUUGAUUCAAUGAAUAUGCUGUACUGGGUCCAACCAAAGACCUAAAAAAGUCUCACAUAAGACUGAAAACCUUGGCUGGGGUAUUUCGGCCAGGUAUUAAUCAAUACUAUAUGUAUGCUCUUCAAUAAGUAAGCAGAUACUAUACACAUCUCAAUAUGAGCCCUGAACUGCCACUGGUUUUAAUUGACCAGUACUGGGAUGCUCACUGUCUGGGCAUGUGGUCUCUUCACUCAUUUUAAACAUUUCUUACAAAGACUGGAAUUUAUGUCUGAUGCUUUUCUAUUUCUUUGCCUGUCCCUCUGAGACUUAAACAGGGGAGCUUUUCCGAAGCUCUAAGUCACUUCUGUCAUUCAGAGGAAAUCUGAAUGACAAGGGUACACUACGAAAUCCACUCCUCUUACUGUAUUCCACCUGUUUUAUUUAUUGUGUAGCAUGUUGCUGGAGCUAUGCUCCUGUACACCAUUCAUGUAGUUAAUUCCAUGUCAUUACUUUGAAAUGGUAACAAAUAAAAUGGAACUGGUAUUA